ACAGACAGAGGCCACUCGAGCAUCCUCGCUGAUCACGUGCAGAGCACCGGCCAGCCCUGGGUGCCCCCGGCCGUGAUCGACAAGUGGCGCACGCAGCCUGCGCCACAGACAACUUUUUUUGAGCCGAGCGAAACUUCUCACUGCACGUUGGCGCAACCACCACACCUCACGUCUCAUAAAAGUUCGAGAUGGCGCCCCAAACGAAAGCUGAUCGGUCGUUUGGUGGUCUGACGCCUGCGCUCUCAGAAUGGGUUCUCGAGGCUGUAGACGCCAUGGGUUUCGUGAAGACCACGCCAGUGCAGCACGCCGCCAUUCCUAUGUUCAUGAAGAACUCUGAUGUGGUCGUCGAAGCUGUCACAGGAAGUGGAAAGACACUGUCCUUUCUGAUUCCCAUUGUCGAACGCAUACUUCGACUCGAUGUGCCCAUCAAGAAGCAUCACGUGGGCGCCAUUAUCAUCUCACCGACAAGAGAGCUCGCAACACAGAUCCACGCUGUUCUAUGCUCACUAUUGAAGUUUCACGCGCCAUCAGCUGCAGCACUCGAACCAGAGGACGAGGACAGCGACAUGGAAGACGCAGACGCACCGCCAAAGCCAACAUUCCCUGCUGGGACCCUAAAAGUCGUGCCUCAGCUGCUCCUUGGUGGUUCGGUCACACCAGCUCAGGACUUGAGCGCAUUUCUAAAGAAGCAGACCAACGUACUUAUCGGUACGCCUGGACGGUUACUGGAACUACUGUCCUCUCGCCACGUUCAUUGCUCGUCGUCUUUCGAUGCUCUUGUGUUGGAUGAAGCCGACCGAUUGCUCGAUCUUGGUUUCAAGGAUGACCUACAAAAGAUCCUUUCCCGACUGCCAAAGCAGAGACGAACAGGAUUGUUCAGUGCCAGUGUCAGUGAAGCCGUCGAUCAACUUAUUCGUGUAGGCCUGCGAAAUCCAGUCCGCAUUGCCGUCAAGGUAAAAGCGAGGGCAGCCGAAAACGGUCAAAUUGAGGACAAGCGAACGCCUGCAAGCUUGCAGAUGGCUUACCUCGUGGCACCCCCUUCGCACAAACUACCAGCCGUCAAGCAAAUAUUGGCUUCAAUGGAACCGCAACCCCAAAAGACCAUCUUCUACUUGGCAACAUGCUUCGCCGUCGACUACUUCCAGCAUGUGCUCCCUGAGGUCCUAAAGGGCUACACUGUUGUUCCGCUUCACGGCAAGCACCCUGAUAAGGUGCGACGGAAGAACUUCAGCAAAUUCGUGGACAGUGUCACGCCAUCGAUCCUGCUGACCACCGAUGUGGCCGCUCGUGGACUCGAUAUCCCAUCAGUAGACCUUGUCAUUCAACUUGAUCCACCGAGUGAUCCGAAAACAUUCAUUCAUCGUUGUGGACGUGCUGGAAGAGCUGGACGAAAGGGUCUCGCUGUCACGUUUUUGACUCCAGGCUUGGAAGAAGACUAUGUCGAGUUUCUGCGAGUAAGACAGACUCCGGUGACCCCACUCGCAAUGCCUGCUGUUACCGUCACACCAGAGGAUAUCGAACGAGUCACAAAUGCCAUCAGGAAGGUCGCUAAGACUGACCGAGCUGUUUACGACAAAGCUCAGCGAGGGUUUGUCUCUUGGGUCCGUGCCUACAGCAAGCACACAGCAAGCUCCAUCUUCCAAGUCGAAGAUCUGAACUGGACCGAACUCGGAAAUGCCUGGGGACUGCUACGUCUCCCUCGUAUGCCUGAGACGAAGAAGUGGGAAGGCGACAAGUCGCUCGGUGUAACGAUGGACUUCGAUACAUUCGCGUACAAGGACAAAGUGCGUGAGCAACAGCGUCAGAAGGAGCUCGCAGAAGUUGCGGCCCAAGGUGGCGCCGGCAAGAAGUUUGUCAAAGAGAAUAAGAUUGCGAAGGCUUGGACGCAGCAGAAGGAUCACAAGGCAACGAAAGAGCUCAGGCGUGAUAAGAAGGUGGCGAAGCGAGAACACGAUCGCAAGGCUGGCUUGACGGAUGAGGAGCGUAAGAAGGAAGCAGAGUUGGACAAGAUGAUUGCACAAAUGCGGAAGAAGGUGAAGCAGACAGAGGGCGCAGACGAGGAGGAUGAGUUCAACGGGUUUGACGACUGAGAACCGUUGGGGAGAGUUCGAGCGAUUGCACACAUCCGUGCCGGGCCAGAGACUCGGGCGAACAUUCCAGCCACUGUCAAAUUCUUCAUGUCGAACCAUCCCUGAUUCACGACACUACCUGUCUGUCGACGGCGAGCUCGGCUAGGAUGCCCAGAACCUCAUGAGCAGCAUACUUCCAGUUUCGGGCUUACAUCCAGGCCGUUUCCUGAGCUGGGUCGUAUCCCCGCUUCGGCCAGCCACCAUCCGCAUGCUGUAGCGAUUGCAGCCCGAGUCAAUCAAACGUCUUGAAGAGGAUUCUCACACCUGGUGUGAUCUCCCGUUGGCUAGCUUCUAGAGAGCCGGCUGACGAUCAUUGUCGCGCGUCCAUACUGGUGAUCGCAGAAUUGCCCAUAUAC